CUAGCGACAAGAAACAAACCCGCCACUGGCAAGUAACAAUUCUCCCUACCCCCCCCAACAACAACCCCGCCAUAAACAAUAACUUCCAAGCUUGUUCAAGUUUGUCCCUUAAAGAUUAAAUGGAAACCGGAGAUUUGCCCGUUACCAAUUUAGUUACAUUCAAUGUACGGGCACACGAUACUACUGAAACUGAGGUAUUUUGAGUGGCGACAGCCAUGAGCCACCACCUUGAGAAUGUCGUUAUGUGUGCAAAGGGGCGGGUUUGGAAGUGGUUGGAUCACACAGGUGACGCUCGCAGUUUUGUUAGAUCAGUAUUCGGGACAAACAUGGGCAAAAUUGACGAAUUCGAGCUGAAAUUUGACAGCAGUAAAGAAUUUUAUAGCCCCGGCGAAUAUAUUUCAGGAACUGUGACUAUCAAGGUGGGCCAAAAACUACAAUGUAAAGUUAAGGUAAACUGCAACGGUUUCUGUGGCAUCACCAAUAAACUAAAUGAAACAACAUGGACGCUGGAGGAACAAUACUUCAACAAUACAGUUUCUAUUGCAGAUAAAGGUACUCUCAAACCAGGAAAUCACACUUUUCCCUUCAAGUUUCUCAUACCUGGCUCGGUCCCAACAUCAUUUACGGGCAACUAUGGCAGGAUAGUAUACAGAAUCAGAGCUUUCAUUGACACACCACGCUUCAGCAAGGAUUACAGUACAGAGAAAGCGUUCUUCUUGUUGGACGCUCUCAAUUUAAACAAAAUUCCAGAAAUAUGGGGUCCGUGUUCAUCCUCUGUGGUCCAGGAGUUCACCUACAUGUUAUUAAAAACUGGCAAAGUGAUGCUGACAGCGCAGACGGACAAGAAGGGUUACAUACCAGGCCAGAUUAUUCAACUAUCAGCGACCGUCCACAACAAAUCUGAAAAGAGUACAGGAAACAUUAGUGCUUCCCUGGUCCAGAGAGUAACGUAUCACACAAAAAGACCCACCCAUGACCUAAGGGCCAUUGCAGAGUUGGAGGGAGGUCGAGUUAAGGCUGGCAAGGAGAUGGAGUGGAAGGAGCAGAUCAUUGUUCCUCCUCUUCCUCAGUCGAACCUUGCUGGCUGCGAACUCAUAAAGAUUGAAUACUACGUUAAAGUCAGCCUAAAGUCUCCGCAAGUCCUUUUGACAUUACCCCUCCAGAUUGGGAAUAUCUCUUUGGACAACAGGUUUAAACCUUCGCAAAAUGAAGCUCAUCUGACCCCUGCCAAUGUUGAAAACCCAUCACCUUUGCUAGCUUCUGCCCCCACACUGUCUCCUCCUCCCACGGCCCCGAAACCGACUCCUCGUGCUGCUCCUCGCGCCAGACUUUCACACCCCAAUCAUCCAAACGCUCCAUUGGCUGAAUACCAACCAGGAGCUGAGGGUGGUACACUGCCAGAUGGCAACUUCACUAACAAGCGGAACUCUCAACUUGUGUCACCAACAGGAUUUAGUUAUGCUCCUGGCCUCUCCUUCUUGAACAGGCAUCAGAACCAGUCAGGUGUUAACCCAGAAGGAACUCCAAUUGGUGCUUCCACACGGACCCCAACUUCUUAUUCCAAUGUAAACACUGCUAGCUCAGUGUUAACUCCAGCUUCCAUGCCUCCAGACUACAGGAAUGUAGAGUACCCACAAGAGGCUCCUCCUUCCUAUGAUGAGAGCUGUAACACAUGAACUGGGUGGAGGAACAAGAAAUCUACAAGCAUUAGCACAUCAACCGGUGGAAUACAUGCUUGUAAAUGGAACGGAUUAGCUUUCUUAAAAAAUGAAUUUGUAUUUUGAAUCUAAAUUUUAGGUAUUUUUUCUUAAUGCAUAUAUUUUAAAUUAGGUAGGUCAGCACACAUUUAAUAUAUUUUUAAAUGGUUAUAGUAAAAUUGACUUUUUUUUUUUUUUUGGGUGGCUGGAGCUUGACCUGUCAAACGUAUUUGUUGUUGAAUAGAUUUCUAAUUAGUGUAACUCAGCGGAAGAAAAAUAUUUUUCUCAAUCAACUGUAAUUUUUCUCAAUUCCUAAAUACAGUACUGUACUCUGUAGAGGUAAUAGUGUAGAAAAUUAUAAUCAUCAUUUGACGAAACAAAGUUAUUUUCACUUAGAACUGCAUUACCUCAAUAAAACAUUCUUCAACAAAAACUUA